UGGCGCGGCGGCGCGCGGCGGGGCGCGCAGAGCGCGCGGGGAUGCGGCGGGGCGCGGAGCCGCAGCCAUGAAGUACAAGAAUCUCAUGGCAAGAGCCCUGUAUGACAAUGUCCCCGAGUGUGCAGAAGAGCUGGCCUUCCGCAAGGGAGACAUCCUGACGGUGAUAGAGCAGAACACUGAGGGUCUGGAAGGAUGGUGGCUCUGCUCCUUACACGGCCGGCAAGGCAUCGUCCCAGGCAACCGUGUCAAACUCCUGAUAGGUCCCGUGGUCCAGGAGACUCCUUCUGGCCAGGAUAUGCCCAGCUCAGGAUUGAUGAAUCAGCCCUUCAGCCACCAAAAGAUCUACCAAGUGCCAAGCUCACACGCCUCAGCACGGGACCCUGUCUACCAAGUGCCACCUUCCCACCAGAACCAGGGAAUUUACCAGAUACCCACUGGUCAUGGUCUGAUGGGACAAGAUAUUUACCAGGUGCCACCCUCCAUGCAGAGGUGUAUUGAUGGUCCAGCUGUGACUAACAAGGUAAUAACACCAGUCAGGUCAGGACAAGGUUAUGUUUAUGAAUUCCCUUCCAAACACCAGAAGGAUGCCUAUGAUAUCCCCCCCGUUCGCCCUCUCCAAGGGAUAUAUGACAUUCCCCCCACAUCGGUUAAGGGGCCUGCACUUCCAGUUCCCAUGGGAGAAGCAAAAGCUUUAGGAGUGUAUGACAUACCACCUGCCAAAGGGGUCUAUGCUGCACCUCCGUCUGCAUGCCAAGAUGAUACAGCCCUGAGGGAAAACUUGCAGGAUUUUUCAUCUUCAGUGGGCCACAAUGUGAGACCUGAAGGAGUAUAUGAUAUUCCUCCUCCCAUCACCAAAGCAACUGGAAAAGAACUUAAUCGAUUUUCUCCUGAGAACCUAUUACUACCAGGUGGAAUGCCGCAGACACAGAGUGUUUAUGACAUCCCUACGAACCAUCAAAACCAUUUUCUUGGACAGCAAAUUGCACCUGAAAAAGAUGUAUAUGAUACCCCGAGGGGAACUGCAUUCCCAGGACAGCUGACAGGUGAAAAUCCCAUCGCAGAAGGAAGAGAAGGCGUCUAUGAUGUGCCACCACCAGUCCUCCAAGACAAUAAAGGCUUACAGGAUGUGACUGAUGGGAUGAAUAGGUUGUCUUUCUCCAGCACAGGAAGCACGAGGAGUAACAUGUCCACAUCGUCAACGACAUCAAAAGACUCUUCUCAUUCAGCAUCAACUGCUCAGGACAAAAGACUAAUCCUUGAUCCAGACACCGCUAUAGAGAGGCUUUAUCGCCUCCAGCAGAUGGUGGAGGCAGCUGUCAAUCACCUCACAGCCUUCAUUACCCCAGACUGGCGGUCCUAUGGAUACAUGGAGAAACACAUCAAUGAAAUUCACGCUGCUGUGGAUAAGGUAGAGCAGUCGUUGUUGGAGUACCUCCAGUUUGCCAAAGGAUCGGCAGCCAAUGCUUCCUGCCUGUCUGAGUUCAGCCUCCUCAACAAAAUGAGGAGGGAGGUGCAAAGGCUGGAGGACUCUCACCAGAUCCUUACCCAAACCAGUCAUGACUUGAACAGCUACAGCUGGUCUUUGAAUGUCCUAGCUGUCAACAGAGUGCAGAGCAAGUGCGACGACCUGGAUCGGUUUGUUAUGGUGGCAAGGACAGUCCCGGACGAUGCCAAGCAGCUGACCACCACCAUCAGUGUCAACGCAGAGCUGCUCUUCAAGCAGGCGCUGGGCAGCUCCCAUUUCAAAAACAUACCAGAGAAUAUAAUGAACACCCCUGACUGUGUGUAUGACAGUCCUCAGAUGCAGCGUCCUGGAGAAAAAGCACAGACCCACUGCAGCUCCCUUGCCCCGCUCCUGAGUAAAGUCCAGCACCCUUACAAUGCCACCAGCGAAGGCCCAGAAAAGAGCUGGAUGGAUGACUACGAUUACGUUCACCUGCAGGGGAAAGAAGAGUUUGAAAGGCAACAGAAGGAGCUUCUGGAGAAAGAAAAUAUCAUCAAGCAAAGCAAAAUGGAGCUAGAGCACCAUCAGAUCAAUCAGUUCCAACGUCUGGAGCAAGAGAUCACAAAGCCAGUAGAGAACGACAUCUCCAAAUGGAAGCCUCCGCAAGCCCUCCAGACCUCCCAUGACAGCCGCCUGCUCUUGUUCUACUCUGACCAGUGCGAGACUCACUUCAACUCCCUCCUAAAUGCCAUCGAUGCCUUUUUCAGUUGCGUCAACUCCUCUCAGCCCCCCCGGAUCUUCGUGGCACACAGCAAAUUCAUCAUUCUGAGCGCUCACAAACUCGUGUUCAUUGGGGACACGCUCGCGAGGCAAAUGACGACUCAGGACAUGUGCAACAGAGUGAUGAACUCCAGCAACCAGCUGUGUGAACUGCUCAAGAGUGUUGUUCUGGCCACCAAGGCGGCUGCCUUGAGUUACCCCAACACAGCAUCCCUGCAGAAGAUGGUGGACCGAGUAACAGAGCUCUCGCAUCACGCACAGUUGUUCAAACGCUCACUGGUCCAAAUGGCAUCCUUAUGAAACCCAGCAGAAUCCAAUCCAUGAGCGGCAAAGCAGAAGAGCAGACAAACUGGAGCUAUUUUUAUGUAAAUGCUAUCUUUUUUUAGAUAUUUUUUAUUAAAUAUUUUAAAUACA